CACUGGACUUGAGUUGUAACCUCUACUGGCUCCAGCAGAGAAACUGGAAUAUAACAUUUGAAAAGUUUUAUUUUUAGAGGUCCUGUGAUGAAAUUUAUGGGUGUUUGAGCACUCCCAUAAAGGGUGUAAACUCUCCAAUGAGACAGAGAGAUGGGCUGAGGGUUGAACUUGUCCGCGCGCACACGUUCGUGCACAAGUGUGUGCGUUUUUGUUUGUGGAAUCGGUAUAAAACCCUACGAGGACGAAGAGCCACCGAGCAGGUCGCUGGACUUCCCUAUUUCUCCUGAAGAAAUCUCUGCUGGACAACAGGAAUUUUGUUGGGACAACUAUGAUGUUUCCCUGCGCUGCUCUGUCGCCUACUCUUUACCCGGGUUUCCUGCGUGUCCCUGCUACUCUCUCCGCGUCACUGAGCGAAUCGGCGGCUCAGGGAAGAGGAACCGGCUUUCUGGUAGAAGAUCACAUAAGCCAACAUGUCGGCUACAUACAUCGAACUUUCUCGUCCCUUAGUUCCGGAGACAUUCUGCCGUUCAGUGCGGGGUCAAGGUCCUUUCCACGUACAACAGAACCAAGCACGGAGACAUCCGGUCAACUCAGCCGCAGCAGCCCCCGAUCUGUGUACGCAGCCAGCCCGGACUACCUGAAGUUCGGCGUCGGUACGAUCCUGGCACCUUCUACAUGGAGUCUCCAGAAUCUUCAGACAAAGUCGCUCUCUCUGCCUUUUUUAGACAGAAGCCUUUAUCCUUACAUCAGAGCCUCUGAUUUCACAGCCUCUGCCUCUGUGGUUCCUGUCCCAGGAACAUUUUCAUGGCCCCUAAGCCCCAGAGGGAAGCCCAGGAGGGGCAUGCUGCGGCGGGCUGUGUUCUCAGACCUCCAAAGAAAAGGUUUGGAGAGAACCUUCGAGAAGCAAAAAUAUAUUAGCAAACCAGACAGGAAGAAGCUCGCCAGUAAACUGGAUCUUAAAGACACCCAGGUGAAAAUCUGGUUCCAAAACCGCAGGAUGAAAUGGAGAAACUCCAAGGAGAGGGAGCUGCUGUCAACGGGCGGCUGUCGGCAGCAAACCCUCCCCACCAAAACCAAUCCCCACCCAGAUCUCACUGAUGUGGGCAGCACGUACAGCCACAGGCUGAGCAGGAUUGCACCAUGCAACCACGAGUCGCAUCUCUGUUGUCAUCAUCGUAACCCUUCAACUCUAUCAGAGUCAGGCAAACAAUCAGAACUGUCACAGUCAGACAGUGAAGAAAUCACAGUUUUAUAAGAGAUUCAGAUUAAUGGAGUAUUCCUAGAAGAUGAUGGAAGUAAAUGAAUUAGCUCUCCAUUUUGCCCUCUAUUUUUUUGUACAGUGUUGUGUAUAUUACCUUUAUAGCAUAUCUGCACACACUAAUUAAAGUAUACUGAGCACUUUUAGAUUUAAUAUUUGUAGGGUUUUUUUUUUACUUUAAAUAUACAAAAUGUUCUUUCAUUCAUAUUUGUAUUUGUUGCAUUCUCUCACACACAAAAGAAAUAGAAAAAUAAAAGAAACUCAUCUAAAAUGUCAUGUCAGGUGUCCUGUCUACCUUGCCAAAUUAUGAACACAAUGCCAACAACACAAAGAAAGUCGGAAAAACAAUCCAAAGGGUUUUUAAAACAAUCUGCUCUAUGAUUCUACUGUAGAAGCAGGUAGGUUAAUUCCAAGGAGAGGGAGGGUAGCAGAAAAUUACACCACAACAGCGAACAAUCAAUAUGUGACUCCAACAUUACUGGAGGGCGAGGCAAAGAGUAAGCAUCUGGUUAGAUACCAUAUUUUAAAGGUUAUUAGGGCCAAGUACAGUAUCCUCAGCUUUAUCUGAAUUUAGAAGCAUGAAAUUAGAGGUCAUCUGUUCUUUAUGCCUUUAAGACAUUCAUGCAGUUUAAUAAUUAGUAUGGUUAUUUGGAUUAAUGGAUGGGUAAAGUUAGGCUUAUUUUGAAUGGCAGUGAAAAUACAUGCUAUAUCUUCUAAUGAUACUGACUAAGGGAAUCAUGUAUAACAUAAAUUACUCCUAGCACGUGGUUGGUGCAAGCUGGUGGACACCAGAGGUGAAGGGAGCCAUCAGAGAAGCAAAAACUUGGGUGUGGGAGAAAAGUUUUUCUAUGGCCUAAGUAAUUGCUUUGAGACUUUCGUAAGGCCUCAAAGCAAUUAUGGCAAACCAUCAGGUGACUCAGGAAAGUCCUGCUCUACCAACAUGGUGGAGUGUUGCUGACUUCAACUGAGGGUAUUGUUAGGUGGUGGUAGGAGUGAAGUCGCUGAGGCACCUAAACAGCUCCUUGGUUGCAGGGCCUGUAAGUGGAUGAGUUCCUGAAGCUUGGGUGUUUGCCCAACCACCCUACAUGCGUUUUGUGGACUUGGAAAAGACAUUUGACUGUGUCCCUCAGAGUAUUCUGUGCAAGGUGCUUCGGCAGUCUGGGGAGUCUGGCUUUUUUUGGAUGCGUGGUCCUAAACUGUUAAUCAGCUGUACAACAGCCUGUUUCAGUUUAAGGCUACGUGUACACUUAUCUGGAUAAAUUUGAAAACGGCUAAAAAGGCUCCGCGUCCACACUAUCAUUUUCAAUCGUUUCCAAACAGUUAUUAUCCACACCGAAACGACGGAAAACGCUUACAUUCCUGUUUUGUGCAUGCAUGAAACGAAGGACAAUUCGACCUGCGUCAUUUCUGUCUGUUGUUUAUUUACUUUCCGGCUCUUUGAAAGGUCAUGCCAAAAUGUUGAGAAAAUCACAGAGUUUUUUAAAUGGUCUGACAAUGAGGUGGAGUUGUCGCUGCGAGUAACACAAAAGUACAAAGUUGCAAAAGCGAG